AUUUACCAAAUCAAAAUCCAACUCCAUCAGCUAAUCCAGAAAUAGAAUUUCUUAAUCCAUUGAGAUUAUUUGAUUUUCCAGAAAAUGGUAAGACUAUUCCAUCAUCAAAAGCUGAAAGAGAAUAUCUUGAAGUAUUAGAAAUAUUAGAACCUAUUCCACAAUUUUAUCAAACUGAUAUUAUUAGUUCUGAAUAUAAAUUAUUAGAUGAUCAUUAUAAAGUUGAGAUAGAAAAAGAAAGUAUAUAUGUACAAGACUCUAUCAAAACUCUUGAGG